CGACAAGCAAACUACCUUCGAUUCAUUGCAAUUUGCAAACCUUUCAUACAGUAUAAGUAAAAGCCCAGCACAAGCCGUUUUCGCAAACUGAGCAAGCUAGAAUUCCGACGACUGUCCCACAUCCCAAUUUUCUUUGCUCCCCAAUUUGCUUCGAUCUUUUUCAGGUGUUUGACAAUGGCGGACGAGGUGGUUCUUCUGGAUUUCUGGGCCAGCGUAUUUGGGAUGAGGGUCAGGAUCGCGCUCGCUGAGAAGGGGAUCAAGUACGAGUACAAGGAGCAGGACCUGAGGAACAAAAGCGACCUGCUUCUCAAGAUGAACCCGGUUCACAAGAAGGUCCCGGUUUUCAUCCACAACGGGAAACCGGUCUGUGAGUCCCUCAUCAUCGUUCAGUACAUAGACGAGGUCUGGAACGAUAAGUCUCCGUUGCUUCCCUCUGAUCCUUACCAGAGAGCUCACGCCAAGUUCUGGGCUGAUUUUAUUGAUCAGAAGGAAAGAUUCAUUUGGCAUGAUGAUUCUACUACGUAUUUAAUUGGCCACAAAAGGAGAAGAGCUGGAGGCGGCAAAGAAUGAUUUCUUGGAAGGGAAAUGCUAAAAAUCCUCCCUUCAUCCUCCCUUUGUCCAUCUCUUUUGCUUAAAAAAAUUGAUUUUA